GAGCCAUCAUCAUCAUCACACACAUGGUCGCUGCCUUCAGUCCACGUUUCUCCACCGACUGUGCGCAUGCAAGAGCCGCGAGCAGCUAACCAGCUACACGUCUAUGGUGUCGCAAGAAGAGCGGACGCCCCAUGCACCAUUUCACCACAUUUGGAGUUUCCCAAUCCCUCAAUUCACCUUAAACAAACACUGACAUACAGCAGGCUAGGUUUUGGUAGAACUGCGUUGUGGGUUAUAGCGCAGCCCGCUAGAAACAUCAGCUUAUUCGCGUUACAGCCGCUAUGGACUCGAGAGAAACAGCCCCUGAUUCCUGGGAACAGGAGGACGACGUCGAGGCCACGGCGGAGACUGAACUUCAGUCCGCCUUCACCGGGCUCAACGUGAACGCGGCGGUGUUCGUCCCGUCCUUUCUGUCCCGGGAUCCAGCGGAAAACGCCACGUCUGAUGGAACAGAUGGAGUGGCCAGUAUGGAGAUCUCAGAACCAGUGGCUGCAGUGGAGAACGGAGAGACAGAUGCGAGCACGGUGGAGACGUGGGAGCAGAAAGGAGAGCCGGACGAGGAGGAACCUGGGGGUGGAACCCUAGCAGUGACUGGAUGCAGUGUGGACGAGGCACAGGAUGAAAUGAUGGAGGAGGAUGAGGAAAUGCCCAUCCCCAAACUGCCUCCACCUCCACCGGAUGCUCCCAAGAAAGAACAUGUUAAUGUUGUGUUCAUCGGACAUGUUGAUGCAGGGAAGUCAACAAUUGGGGGCCAGAUCAUGUAUCUAACUGGCAUGGUGGACAAACGGACCCUCGAAAAAUAUGAACGGGAGGCAAAAGAGAAGAACAGAGAGACUUGGUAUCUGUCCUGGGCUUUAGACACAAACCAAGAGGAAAGAGACAAAGGGAAAACAGUAGAAGUUGGAAGAGCCUACUUUGAAACCGAGAAAAAGCACUUCACUAUUCUUGACGCCCCAGGCCAUAAAAGUUUUGUACCCAACAUGAUUGGGGGGGCGUCCCAAGCUGAUUUGGCAGUACUGGUCAUCUCUGGCAGAAAGGGGGAGUUUGAGACUGGUUUUGAGAAGGGAGGUCAGACGAGGGAGCAUGCAAUGCUGGCCAAAACAGCUGGAGUCAAACACCUGAUAGUCCUCAUCAACAAAAUGGAUGAUCCCACUGUGAACUGGAGCUUAGAUAGAUAUGAGGAAUGUAAAGAGAAGUUAGUGCCAUUUCUGAAGAAGGUGGGCUUUAAUCCAAAGAAAGAUAUUCACUUCAUGCCCUGUUCUGGGCUGACGGGAGCCAACCUGAAGGAAACUUCUGAUUUGUGCCCAUGGUAUACGGGAUUACCAUUUAUUUCACAUCUGGACAGUCUGCCAUUCUUCAACCGAUCAAGUGAAGGUCCUAUCAGAUUGCCUAUUGUAGACAAAUACAAGGACAUGGGAACCGUAGUGCUUGGAAAAUUGGAGUCAGGAAGUAUCUGCAAAGCACAACAACUUAUAAUGAUGCCAAAUAGGCACACGGUAGAGGUGUUGAUUCUGCUCUCCGAUGAUGUGGAGACAGAUUACGCCGGGCCUGGUGAAAACCUAAAGCUUCGGCUUAAAGGCAUAGAGGAGGAAGAGAUUCUCCCAGGCUUUCUCCUAUGCAAUGCUGAGAACCUCUGCCACACGGGGCGCACUUUCGAUGCCCAGAUUGUCAUUAUUGAACACAAAUCCAUUAUAUGCCCAGGUUACAAUGCAGUAUUACACAUUCAUACCUGCAUAGAAGAAGUGCAGAUAACGGCCUUAAUAUGUCUGGUGGACAAGAAGACGGGAGAAAAGAGCAAGACUCGUCCACGCUUUGUCAAACAAGACCAAGUAUGCAUCGCCCGUCUUAGGGCUGCAGGAACUAUCUGCUUAGAGACUUUUAAAGACUUCCCUCAGAUGGGACGUUUUACUUUGAGAGAUGAGGGUAAGACAAUCGCAAUUGGCAAGGUGUUGAAGUUGGUACCCGAGAAGGACUAAAUGCGGAUCGAAGGACUGCCCUGGUGCACUCUGAGAUUGAGGAGGAUGCAGAGGUGCCAGAUGUCCUCCAGACUGUUCCAUCCUCCCACUGUGGAUCAGUCUAGAAAAUUACUUUGGAUAAAGGACAUUUUCAAAGUAACGAUAUAAAUUUUAGGAAGAACAAUAAUAUAGAAAGACAAGCUCAGUGUGACAGCUUUCUCAUAUUGAGAGCUCAGCUAUGCCACUCAUGUAGCCCAAUUUUUAAAGCCAGUUUCCUUCCACUGAUAACCUUUAAAUCUAAAAAUGGAUGCAAUUUUCAUUUAAAAGCAUUGGCUUUUUAAUUUAAUGUUGGAAAUACAGAUGAGAGAGUUAAGCUUACCGUCAGUACUUUAAGGUAAAGGCCAUUCCUGAAUGGCCCACCCAAACAUAAAGAACAUCAGUAUACCUGUAACCAUCCGUCCCCCCAAAAAAUACAGGGUCUCUAUUGGAAAUAAUUUUAUAACAGUGUUAAAUAGGCAGUAAGGGACUGUGACUGUUUAUUAUAAGGCAUGAAAUAGGGUCCAUACGAGUCAAAGCUUGCUUGUAACCUGUAUUACCUGGCAAGUCCUGCAAGAGUAGUUCGUGAUAAAUCACAGAUGAAGGCCAUACAAGAGUGGCCUGGGUCCUUAAAAUAAAAUGACACUCAUGGUAGAGAUGUACUUAUGCACAAGAUGACCAUAUGAAUUUGUUUACUGUAACGUCAUUACUUAAUAAAAACAAAUGCACUUAAAUGGUAAUAAAUUCUAUUGUCACAUUCACAA